AUGCAGUCGCCCCUUGCAGACCGGGUGCAGGUCCACGUAGAAGACAAGGCCUUCUUUGUGGACAAAGAUCUUCUGAUAGAACACAGCGAAUACUUCCGUGCUCUCUUCCAGUCUGGGAUGAAAGAGAGCACGCAGAGAGAGAUCCGGAUCCAGGAUCUGAGUGCCACGGGUUUCCUUAUCAUGUUGAAAAUCCUAGAAGGAAGUUACCCUAUGCUCAGCUGCGAGGAGAACCUUCGGGCUGUGGAAUGUGCCUCCUUCCUGCAGGUCAAAGCCAUGGCCCAGUACCUGAUCAACUCCAUCAAUUCUGAUAACUGCAUCCUCCUGUACCAAGCUGCGGCCAUGUUUGGACUUCUGGAUCUCUUCCAUAGCGCUGCACUGUACAUAAGGGACAGUUACGCUGACCUAGAAGAGUAUCUGGAUUGCCUCUCUCCAGAACAUCUGGAUUACAUCGAGUCCCUUAUCCCCAGCACCUUUGUGGCCGUGGGAGCUCACACGCCCACUUUUGAGUUCUUGGAGGACCUCUCGCGGACCAUCUGCUACCUGGACGAGGAGAAGAACGUCUGGAGGACGCUUUCCUGCCUACCACUGACAGCUAGCACCUUCCUCGCUGGCAUGACCAUGACGGAUAACAAGAUUUACAUUGUGGGCGGAGUCUAUGGUUAUAACAAGCAGAUUGUGGACCAAAGCUUUUGCUACGAUGCCACUUCUGACACAUGGAGUGAGUUCUCUAGCCCUCAGCAACUCCGCUACGAUAUCACGCUGACAGCGCAUGGAGAUUACCUGUAUGCCAUCGGAGGGGAAUUUGAGAAGACCCCGCUGCAGUCGGUAGAGAAGUUCAGCAUAUCCACCAACUCUUGGAGUUUCAUCUCUGACCUACCCCAGCCAGCGGCAGCGGCCCCCUGCGCCCAAGCUAUGGGGCGCAUAUUUGUUUGCUUAUGGAAGCCCCUAGACAUGACCAUCAUCUACGAAUAUGAGCCUCAGAAGGAUGAAUGGCUUCCUGUCUCAACGCUCAACAGGCCUCAAAGCUACGGCCAUUGUAUGGUGGCCCAUAGGGACAAUCUCUACAUCAUGCGGAACGGGCCCUUUGACGACUUCUUGCGCUGUGUGAUGGAUUGUUUCAACCUCACCACUAAGCAGUGGACAUCUUUGCCUGGACAGUACAUGAACAGCAAAGGGGCCCUUUUCACGGCUGUCAUAAAGGGGGACAUGGUUUAUACUGUCAACAAGAUGCUAACCCUGUUGUACACCAUAGACGAGAAUACGUGGAAAUUCAAAAAGGAGAAGGCCGGAUUUCCAAGGAGCGGUUCUCUACAGACCUUCCUUCUCCGGCUUCCGAGAACGGAUCACAGCAUCUCAACUUAA